AUGUUCGUGAGAAAGCGCGACGGGCGCCAGGAGCGCGUCCAGUUCGACAAGAUCACUGCCAGAGUGUCGAGACUGUGCUAUGGCCUCGACAUGGAUCACGUCGACCCGGUUGCCAUCACCCAAAAGGUCAUCUCCGGUGUCUAUGGCGGUGUCACCACUGUGCAGCUUGACGACUUGGCCGCCGAGACUGCCGCGUACAUGACCGUCACCCACCCCGACUAUGCUAUCCUCGCUGCCCGGAUAGCAGUCUCCAACCUCCACAAGCAGACCAAAAAGCAAUGGUCUUCGGUCAUCAGCGACCUCUACCACUAUGUCAACCCUAGAAACAACCGGGCCUCUCCCAUGAUUGCCAAGGAGACAUACGACGCCGUCAUGAGACACAAGGAAGAGCUCGACUCUGCCAUUGUCUACGACCGCGACUUCAACUACCAAUACUUCGGCUUCAAGACCCUGGAGAGAUCAUACCUACUCAAGCUCGACGGCAAGAUUGCCGAGAGACCGCAGCACAUGAUCAUGCGUGUUGCAGUCGGCAUCUGGGGUGACAACGUUGAGCGCGUCAUCGAGACCUACAACUUGAUGUCCAGCAAGUUCUUCACCCACGCCUCUCCCACACUCUUCAACGCCGGUACCCCUCAGUGCCAGCUGUCUUCUUGCUUCCUCGUCGACAUGAAGGAAGACUCCAUUGAGGGUAUCUACGACACGCUCAAGACCUGCGCCAUGAUCUCCAAGAUGGCCGGUGGCAUUGGUCUCAACGCCCACCGCAUCCGUGCCACUGGCUCCUAUAUUGCCGGCACCAACGGCACCUCGAACGGAGUCAUCCCCAUGCUUCGUGUCUUCAAUAACACGGCUCGCUACGUCGAUCAAGGUGGUAAUAAGCGUCCUGGUGCCUUCGCCAUUUACCUUGAGCCCUGGCACGCCGAUGUCUUUGAGUUCAUGGAUCUGCGCAAGAACCACGGCAAGGAGGAGGUCCGUGCUCGCGACCUUUUCCUUGCCCUCUGGAUCCCCGAUCUAUUCAUGAAGAGAGUCGAGAAGAACGCUGACUGGACCCUCAUGUGUCCCAAUGAGUGCCCCGGUCUGGCUGACUGCUACGGCGAGGAGUUCGAGGCCUUGUACGAGAAGUACGAGCGGGAGGGCAAGGGUCGCAAGACCAUCAAGGCCCAGAAGCUUUGGUACGCAAUUCUCGAGGCUCAGACUGAGACUGGCAACCCUUUCAUGCUUUACAAGGAUGCCGCAAACCGCAAGAGCAACCAGAAGAACCUCGGCACCAUCCGCAGCUCCAACCUCUGCACUGAGAUCAUUGAGUACUGCGCCCCUGAUGAGGUCGCUGUCUGCAACUUGGCUUCUCUCGCCCUUCCUACUUUCGUUGACUACAACGAGGGUGUCUACGACUUCCAGAAGCUUCAUGAGGUCACUCAGGUCGUCGUUCGCAACUUGAACAAGAUCAUUGAUGUCAACCACUACCCCGUUCCUGAGGCCCGCAAUAGCAACAUGCGUCACCGUCCCAUCGGUCUUGGUGUCCAGGGUCUUGCCGAUGCUUUCCUCGCCCUUCGCAUGCCAUUCGAAUCUCCUGAGGCCCGUGACCUCAACAAGAAGAUCUUUGAGACCAUUUACCAUGCUGCUCUGACUAUGUCGGUUCAGUUGGCCAAGGAGGAAGGUACCUACUCCACGUACGAGGGCUCUCCUAUUUCUCAGGGCAUCCUCCAGUACGACAUGUGGAAUGUCAAGCCCUCUGACCUUUGGGAUUGGGACUCUCUGAAGGAGCAGAUCAAGGAGCAUGGUGUCCGCAACAGUCUGCUCGUUGCUCCCAUGCCUACUGCCUCCACUUCGCAGAUUUUGGGCAACAACGAGUGCUUCGAACCCUAUACGUCCAACAUUUACCAGCGUCGUGUUCUUGCUGGAGAGUUCCAAGUCGUCAACCCCUGGCUGUUGAAAGAUCUCGUCGACAUGGGCUUGUGGUCUGAUGCCAUGAAGAACCGUAUCAUCGCCGAGAACGGUUCCGUCCAGAACAUCCCCAACAUUCCUGCCGAGGUAAAGGCUCUGUACAAGACCGUCUGGGAAAUCUCCCAGCGUACCGUUGUGCAGAUGGCUGCCGACCGCGGUGCCUUCAUCGACCAGUCACAGUCCCUCAACAUCCACAUGAAGGAUCCUACCAUGGGCAAAAUUACCAGCAUGCACUUUGCUGGCUGGAAGCUUGGUCUCAAGACGGGCAUGUACUACCUGCGUACCCAGGCAGCUUCGGCCCCCAUUCAGUUCACCGUCGACCAAGAGGCGCUCAAGAUCGCUGAUGCCGCCGUCGGCAAGGCUCUGAAGAAGCGCGCGCCCCCCCCUGGCCACGUUGCCGCUCCUGUUGUGAACGUCCCUAGGCCCAUGUACGCCAAGAAGGACUCUUCUGUUCAGGAUAACGGCAUUCCCACCCCCAGCAUCACGCCUCCUCCUCCCAGGACAGCUCCAGCUCAGAAGCCUGACAACUUCACUGCCGAUAUCGCCGAGGGCGACAGCCCUCGUGCUCUUCCUACUGAGCCCGCCGAGAUGCUCAAGAUCGAGGAGCUGCCCGUCUCUGGAAGCAAGACUCCUGAUGCCGAGGACAAGACCGAGGAGAGCAAAGAGAGAGAAUUGGAUAUCUACUCCGAGGCUGUGCUUGCCUGUAGUAUUGAGAACCCCGAGUCCUGCAUCAUGUGCAGCGGCUGA